AUGUGGAGAUUGUUGGACUCACUACUGCGUUGUCGAACAAAAGGAUCUGAGGAAGAACAAACUUCAGACGAUCCAGUGAUCGAACAAGAAGAGGAACUCGUACAAUCUACGGAUGCUUCAAUGAGAUGGUUGCUGGCCAUGUUCCAGUUGGCCUGA